AUGUCCUGCCGUCGGUGGAGUCUCCUUCUUCUGCUCCUCGGCGUGCCCUUCAGCGCCGCCAAGAGUCUGUCCGCCGCCGCUAGUCACGUCAGUUUGGAGUUUCUUGUGAGCUUUUUGGUAGAGCUGUUUUUGGAAGACUUCCAAGUCUAGGAUAAUGUACCAUUGUGUGAAGAACGUUAUUUCAGAGUUUCUUGUAAGCUUUUUUGGUAGAGGUGUUUUUGGAAGAUCGCCAAGUCUAUCGUCGGCAAUAUAAGUCAAUUUAGGCUCGCACAGCCGUUUUGGCAUUUCGCAUUGUCUAUCGUUUUCUUUUUGAAUUCUUAGAAAUACCGGAAAUUAGUCCGAUUCAAGAGUUCAUAGUCAGUCGAUCUGGCUGAAAAAGUUCUAGAAUCUUUCUUCCUCAUGUCAGUUUGGAUUUUCUUGGGAGUUUUUUUUGGCAGAGCCGAUUUUGGAAGAUUGCCAUCUCGUGUUAGACUAGAUCUGCCGUUGCUAGUCAUGUUCGUUCGAAUUUUCUUGUGAAAAUUUUCGCUACAGCCGUUUUUGGCAUUUCACAUUGCCUAUUGCUAUCCGAUAGCUAGCUCACCAGCGGUCGCUACUUGGUACCUACUUGCAUCGACCUCCCGAUUCCCUUUUGAGAUUGUCAAGUUUUUUAAAGCUUAGAGCUUCUCUCGAAUGUCAGGAUUUCAAGCCUGAAGUCUUUUUGAACGUCCAGAAAAGUUCUCAGAAACUCCGAAACUCUAGAUUACGUUCUUCUCGGGUAGUAACGUUUCCUGAGAAAAAGUUGGUGUGUCAAGAAAUUUUUUCUUUUGGUUUUUCAAUUUUUUUUUUUGAUUUUUUAAAAUUAUACGCUUUUUGAAUAACCAGAACCGUUAGUUUUAGAAAUUUUUAAAACUUCAUAGCUUCAAAUUUUUAUGCUUCUCAUCAUUUCCUUGCAAAAUCUCAGCCGAUGUGUUUUUUUUUAGUGCGAUCAGUAUCCACGGAUGUUUAAACACUCGUUUCACUGUCCAUUUUUUUAUUCUUCUGUACACACACACGCAAUUUGAACUUGCCAAACAAGAUUUUCCGCUUUUUCCUCAAUUUUUAAACAACAACCAUCCGUUCUUCUGCCACGAAAUGACGGAUGCCACAAGUUUCGUCAAAUCUCAACCGACUUUUUUUUUCGACCUGCGACUUUGACAUAUUGCGGCGGCAUUGCUUUAAUUGUUCUUUUGUGUCUUUUUUUGUUGACUUUAGCUUUAUAUGAAUCUUUUUUGAACGAGCAAAAUGAGGAAAAUCUAAUAAUAUGGUUGAAAGUUGAGUUACCAAACGUCGUCCUCCAGGUUUCAAGAAUUUGGUUUUGUUUUUUUUUCAAGUUUUUUUUUCAAGCUUCAAUUAUUUGAAGAUGAAUAAGAUUAUUUGUUCUACAUCUUCAUCUUCCUUCUUUGCGAUUUUUUUUUCCGACAUCAAAAUUGAGAAAACUUUUUCGAAACUUUUUUCAAUCUCGAAGUUUUUUAAAUCAGAGUUUGCAUUCAACUCUUCAUUCUACAUAACUUAUUAGUGUGAGCACUUUUGUUUUUCUGCUGAACUUUUUCUUGAAAAGAUGUUGUUUCAAACUGUAAAAUCUUUGAAAGGGUUGAACGCAAGUUAUUUCUCACUGUAAAAAAAACAUCAGCAUCUGUUUUUUUCAUGUCAUGAUUCAAAUUUUCUAUUUCAUCACAGAGAUUCUCCCAUUCAUUUUCCAAUUUUGUCGGUAGUUAUCAGUUUGGGAUAAUUUUUCGCUACAUCCAGUUUUAGAAAGAAAAUUUUAAACGUCCAACUCGAAAAAUUCCUCUUUGAAUCGGCAAUUUGAAUAACUAGUAUUGAAAAUAGCAACAUAAGAAGAAAAACUAGCUUUUAACAGGAAAAUAGGACUUGAAGGGAAAAAAAUGAAUGAAGUUUUCAAAAAAGGAGAAUGUUUAGGAAUUUUGAGGUUUUGAAUCGCUCAGAAAAAACUUAUCGGAUUUAUCGACGGAUCCAAUCAUUUUUGAAUGCCUACACUUCAGAAUGAGAACACGCAGUGCAGCUUCACUUCUCCGAAGUACGAGCUCUCCUGGAGCUACGACGAGCUCAGCAACGACGUCGUUUUCAAACUGAUCGCCACCUCGAACCUCACCAAUUUCUGGACCAGCGUCAGCUUUGGCUCCACCCAGCCGGUUAGUUUACCAUUGAUUUCUUUCGUCUUUCCCAGUCGGUAUUCUGUUCAUUUUGGCUUUUUAAUUUCAAAAUUGAGCUUAGUUUUUUUUUUUUGAAUUCUAGGCAAAGUUGGAGAACAUGAGCCUUUUUAGUGUGUUUGAGACAAAAAGUGAAUGGUUUUUUUUUCAUUUCUUAACUGUUUAUUUCCUGAUUAUAUCGUACUGAUUUCCAAAAUUUGAGUUAAAUUUUUUUAUCGACCUUUCGAAAUUUGUUAGUUUUUUUACGUUGAAUUGAAGAAAAAAAGAGGUUUAUAGUUAUUUUUUUAUUUUUAUUUUUAAUUUUCUUGGUUUUUAAUUGGACGACUAUGAAACAUUUUUAAUUUUAGUUUCAGCAAAUAUCGCAACUUGUUUCUUGGUGUUAACCUCAGUUUUCGUAAGCUACAAAUUCAUUUGCUUAACUUUAUAGGUUCCAAGGAAAAAUUUUUGAAAAUAUGUCGAAAGCUUAAAAAAAAUUUUUCUACAGAUUUCUAACUUUGAAAAAUGUUUAUUGAGAAGUUUGGAAAGAAAUUUUAAGCUUUUUCUUUACAUUUUCGGAAGAUUUUUCUCGAUGCCCUUCGGCAUUUUUUCGGCUCCGGAAACGCGAUCCGGACGUUCCUAAGACUUUUAAGAUCACUUAAAAGUUAAAAUUUCAGACGCCGCUAAAGUGAUCACUAGGAAGGCUCACUAGCGUCCGGGGCAUGUCCUGUUAGCCGUACUUUUUUUUAGCACUUGAGCUACUAACACCCCCUAAGAGCCACUAACGAGAAGCUCUGGACCAGACUUGCAUUGUUCAAUUUUAAUAUUUAUUUUCUGAUGAGUCACUUUCUAGGAAGAAUCUUACAGGAAGACACAAUUGGCGUUUUUGUCCGGGCAGGUCAGAUCGGACUGGUCGACGGCUACGUGACGGCCGACGGCGUCGAAUCCGACGAAAAUACCAACGUGCAGUCGUUGUCCUUCGACCUCGAGGAGGGCAAGCUCACGGCUCAAUGUCCGUUCUUUUUUCAGACAUCACUUUAUUCCAACUUUGAAAAAUUGCGUUCGGGAUUUAGAUCUUAAUUUUACAAUGAAGAAAGAUACAUUUUUAGAUUGAUUUGCUUUUUUUUUCGAAAGUUUCUCAGGGAUCUUUUCUUGUUUUCGAUCUGAUUUCCGCUUUCACAAAAAGUAAACUUAAACCUCCUUUUUGAGGAUCUUUCUUUAACUCUGUCGAAAUUUUUUAUUUUAGUUUUUUCUCAGAAUUUUUUUACAGAAAAAUUCAUAAGGUUCUCCAUUGCAAAAGGAAAAAAAGUGUGAAUCCAUGUGAAGAACAAAGUUUUUUUUCAUGCUAGAUUUUUCUGAUUUUUACCUUGGUCAAAAUACAUCUUUUUAGGUGUUUGAAAAGUAAUAGCCGCAUUUUUUGAAGGUCUCAAAGCGAAAUUAUUUUUCCAGGGUUUUUCAAAAAUCAAGAAAGAUUUUUACGUCUUUGAGCACCUCAGAAAGAACCUUUUGAAUCAUUUUUCCAAGGCACAAAUUUCCAUAAAAAAACCUUCUUGUGUUUUUUUAGAUCUUAUCAAACUAAUAAUUAAUCUGAAAAAGUGAAGAAGAUAAAAAAAUAAGAUUGAAAAACUCAGAAACUAUUUUUCCAGUCACUUUUACCUCAAAAUCGCAGAAUUUUGUGAAAAUCAACUCAUCAAGUUUUAUCAGGUUUUCUCAAUCACUAAUGAUCGAUAUCAAAAGUGAAAAGAUGAAAAAUAGAUGAAUUCCAGUCGCCCGGCCGUUGAUCACCAACGACGCCCAAGACGUCAGCCUCAACGAGUGCGUCGUGAGUUUCUUUCCAUUUUAUUCAUAUUAUCCUUUUUUGUCUGCCGAUUCUCGAGUUUCGCUUUCCUUUUCCUUUCAACUCGUAAACUGGUCCCCGUGCCACAUUUGUUAAUCCCAACAACCUGGGAAUUAACGAGGAUUUUGAAAAUCGGGCUGGUAUCAAAUGCCUGUCGUUUUUGGCAUUUCACGGUUAGCUAUCCGAAUCAGAGGGAUAUAUUUCAUUUCAAACAGAUAAUGAAUUAAGCUUUUUACGGGAAGAAAAGGCCUGCUUUUGCCUCUCAAAGUUGAAUGAGAGAUGUAUUGUACAGACAAAUCCUGGUCGCAUUCAGAAUGGUUUAAACUUACUUUUGAGUUCUCUCUUUCAAGUAAGAUUGCAAAUCACGUGUUAAAAGUUUUUUGGGCUCAUAUUUCCAAUUUUUCCUUGACCCUUUACACGAUGAUCCCUUUUAGUAUCCUCUUGAGGUCAAUUUUUCUGCUUAUUUUAGUAGUAAUUCAAGAAAAAUCACAAAAAAGUGCUCUGCAAGUUUUCCUAUCGACCAGCCAUCGGCUCUUUUUGGUUUUGAACAGGUUUCAUGUUUGGUUUUUUGAUUUGAGCUCUUGAUUUGAGCAUAAUUUCGAGCUUGUAUUCAAAAAAAGCGUAUUAUUAUUCAAAUUAUAUCAAUAAGGUCCUCUCAAUUUUCGUGCUAUCUGCUGUAGUUCUAUUCUAAAGCUACUCAGGAGGAGCUUUUUCGACUGGAACAAAUUCAAAGGUAAAAAGCGCAAGAUUUCGAACCAUUAUCAAGUGAAGUACAGUAAAAAAAAGUUUAAUUUUCCGGUUACUCUUAUUUUCUAAGGAACUUGAAGUCAAUACCGAACCAAAGUCGACGAUUUGAUUUCAAUAUUUAUCAAAUUACUUUUUUUCAAAUGGUUUUUUUUUUGACGUUUGCUAAAGUUUUGUGAAAUAGUCAAUUUCAGACGGUUUUCGUGCCGACAGAGGCGCGCGAAAUCGACGCCGGCAAGCCCCUUGAGGUCGGGACAACGGAAAAGUUCCGCGUCUGCGACAUCGCCGCAACUUGCACCGUUCCCAGAACUGCAGGUGCAUUUCCAUUUUCUGUAGAAAAGUGAGCAUUUUCUGAAGAAUUCUAGUCCGAAGAAAUUCUAUUUUUUCCAAGGUAGGACCGAAGGCGGGACUGAAAAUCAUCAUUUUCUCAAAAGAGUGAAAGUUUUCUAUAGGAUCAGAGCCUCUGACUCAUAACUAUCGGAAAGAAAAUGGAAAAUAUGUUUUUAAAUGAAGUAGAGUUACACGAAAUGGUUAUCUGUCCUUUUUUCUUGCAAAUAUCUUAAGAUUUCGGUUUUCAAAACAAUUACCAGAUGCUUUUUAAGCGGGCUGCGGAACUGGUUUAAAAAUUGCAGACGUAGUGUAGCAAAAAAAUUUUUGAAGUGUCUUAAAUUCAGAAAAAAAACAGCCCCACAACGGUACAGUCUUGCUUCUUCAAAAAAAAAAAAAAUCAUAACUUGGCCCAAAAUUUUUUCAAAAGAUAAAAUAAAGUUUCUUGAUAACCUGAGCUAAAAUUAUCAAUGUUUGAAAAUUGGGUUAAAUUUCUGAGACCCAUUCAUUUGAGUUUGAGCUCCUAUAACUAUCCUGACAGACCUCUUUGGAAGUUUCUGAGCACAGAUUUGGAAUCAGAGUGAAAAUCUGCACUUGGGGAGGAUAAGAAGAAGAACUGCAGUCUAAGCUUAUCAGGAGGCUUAAAACUCAGAUUUUACCAAUAAGAGAUGAUUUUUGAAAAAAAAAGCAAACCAGAAACAAACAUCAUUCCCACGUUUAUCUUCUCUCAUGUCGGUUUUUUGCGCCAUUCUCCGGGGCCGACGGCAAAAAAGCAAGAUCUUGAGCACCUCCUGGGCCUCUCCAUCCUAUUUUGAGAACUUUCUCUCUCUCUGUCUCUCUCCCUUUUUGUUUCCUCUUUGUCUCCAUUUUUUUCUUGUAUUUUUCGCGCUUUCACCAUAAGAGGGGCCGUUCGACAAGGCUUCUCAACGAGGAAUCACUUUCCACAGGCUUAUCUCCCUUUUCCGCGCUAGAACAGCUGCGAGGGGCUCUUCAAAAAGGCAAUUUUUUCACUUGGAAGGGAAAGAUUGAAAAGUUUUUGGCUUUGAAGAUUUUCUGUUCGCUCAGUCGAACCUAGGAGGGGAAAAAACAAGUUCUCAGGUCAUAGAAAAACUGAAUAAAUCUGCUUUUUCUCACCUUUUUUUUCAAUGAAAAAGAGAAAUUAUGUUCGAAUUUCAGCUUCCUAAAAGAUAAAUUAAAGAUAAACAAGAAAUUUUUAUAAAUUUGUGAAGUGGAAAAAAAUAUCUGUCCAUAAGAAUUGAAUUUGGUGAAUUUUUCAAAAUCAAUAAUUUCUGGUUGAGAUGACUCGCUCUUUUCCGAUUGAUUAAUUUUUUUGGAGCUUAUAACUCCUCGCGUGCAAGAGUAUCGUUAAAACGAGAUUAUAAUUGAUUAUCAUGAAAAAUCCAUUAAUUACUACCCAUUAGUUUCUACUUUCCAGAAAUCGCCAAGAGAGAGGAAACGCCAAUCUGUGAGAUUCAGCCAACGCAGGCCAAAAACAAAGCUUCCUGGAGAAGCGAAGGCGAUCGAGUGCGUUGAAAAUCGUUCUUGUUUUUCGUGAAAAAAAAAGUUCGAAACUUGUGAUCUUCAAAUCUUAUUUGGAAAGUUACAAUUUUAAAGCAACCGAAAAAUCUAUGAAACUAAAAAAUAUUUGAUAUAUUUUUCGACUGUUUGAGAAUUCCAUUUGGGGAUAAAUUGUCAAAAUUACUCUUUUUCUUGAUGUUUUUUUAAAUUUUUGAUUUUUCGAAUGGUCUAAAAUUGGAUGAAGUUAGAAUGUUAAAAUAUGGACUGAAAGAUUUUCUAAUUUUUCUUAUCAUUAACAUAAUUUCACCAGAAGUUUCUGCAGAACUUAAUAAUAUCUUUUGCACAGGUCAUUUUCACAAUCGAUCAAAACGCAAAGAAAGGCCGUUGGUGGUCGGCGAUCGGAUUCGGCGAAGGCAUGCGGGUCCGUUUUUUCUUGCUUCUUUUUUCCUCACUAUUCACCUUGAAACUUGACAAAACCAGUGAUUUGCCAGGACCUUGAGUUUAUUUUUUAAAAAAACGAAGAAUUCCAGGGUUUUCACAAGUUCAAUGGCGUUUCUAAUACGCACUAGGGAAAGUAACCAGAAAAUGUUUUCUUGAACUCGAAAAAAAAAAAUAGUUUGUCUGUUUAUCCUCUGAAGGGUCAACCAAUAAAAUAAAGUAUGGAGCUUUAUGUUUCAAGUCGCGAUUAAAUAGAAAGAUUUCGCAUCAUUCUGUUCAUCCUAAACGAUACGAAGGGAAAAGUAUCUUUAUUGUGGAACCUGAAAGAAUUUUAACUUUACAUGUUUAUAUUUGAAAAUUUAAAGUUUAUUCGUAUGUCACCUCGAAAAAAGUCGAUUUCUAAGUACCCUCACUACUUGAAACAUUUUGGUCGCACUCAAAAUGGCUCAGCGUCUCGCAAAAUAGGAAAGUUGCCACUCGGGCAAAGUCGGAAUGGUGGAUAAUGGCCGCUAAAAGGGAGAGGCUCGAAAAAGGCCGCAGAAAGGCAGCAAAAAGGUAGCGAAGGGCAGCAAAAAGGCAGCAAAGAGACUCCCUUUAUCCAGCCUUCCAUUUUUCUGGGAUUUUAAAGGCUCGAGAAAUGGUGGAAAAAGAAAGAGGCAGCAAAAAUGGUGCAUAAGGGCUGAGAAAAUGGAGCAAAAAGGCAGCAAAAAGAGAGCCUUCAUCGCCCUAAAAGGAACAUUUCUAUGGUCCUUUAUGGACCCUCGGAGGGUCCUUCCGACUUUGCCUAUGCAGCCAACCGUGCGUAAGUCGUUUUGGGGUCGGGAUUUGGUUGAAAUAAUUCGUAGCCGUCAUGCAUCGAGCCAUUCUCCGGGCGACCAUAACCAUGAACUCUUGAUUUUAGGCGAGUAUAAAGUGAUGUCAAACAUUUCAGUACGUAACUUUUUUUUUUCAAUUUAGUGAAUAUCUCGAAAAUUGAAUGGUUUUGAUGAGGUGAAGAUUAAGUUUUCAGUGUGUUUUUUGUUUUUUUCUUCCUUCCUUCCCUGUUUUUCACCUUGAAACUCCGCGAAACCAGUGAUUUGCCAGGACCUUGACUUGAUCGUCGCCUUUGCCGAGGGCGGCAAAUUGAAGGAUUCUGGCGUUUUCCGUACCGAAGGCUACGGUAUCCCACAGCCACUGGAGGAGAACUCUCUCGACCUCAAACAGGAGGUUUUGUUUUGAACUAUCUUGCAUAAAUCCAGGUUUCUAAAAGAGCAUGGACAAACUUUAUACAGGAUGACUCCAGCUAAGACUUUUUGUGUGAUUCGUUCUGAAAAUAAAAUUUUUUUGCAGCAAAAUAGCGUGAAAAACGGCCGGGCAACGCUCGAAUUCUCCGUCAGCAGCGCUUAUCUCAAGUCGAGAGCGGUACACUUUUUGAAAUGGAUCUUUUUCGAAAUCCGAAUGGGUUAAGGAUGAAAAUGGCUGCAACACUUUGCAAAUUUCUCUUCUCAGCGGCCAGUUCACCCCUCAAAUGGUCAUUCGCAAGCACUCGGUGAGUAAAAAAGGCCGAUUUGAAGGAAAAUGAAACGAACUUUGUUGAAAUCUUGCAAAAUUUCCGAGGAAAAAACGAAAAAAAAAAACGAUUAUAGGUCUUUGAAUUAGAAUCUUGCGGACCAUAAAAUGUCCAUUUUGGGGAUAGUCUCCGGUUUUUUCGCCAAGCAACUUUGAGUAAAAAAAAAUCGCAUUUUCUCCUAUUUUUUCUUGCUAGAUCGUCUCAAAGAGAAACAUGUCAUCUGAUGAAAACUCUAUUAAAAGACGGUCAUUCCAGGGUAGAGAUUGGAGUUUUUAUAUAAUUAAAACAGUCCGAGAAUCUUUAGAAGCUUCAGAACUUUACUUGAUUUUCGUUUCCUCCAGGAAACCCCAACAGCGGUGACUGUUUGCGGAAUCGACCGAUGCGGAAGCUCUGAUUCUGCGGCGGCCGUCGUCACCUCCACAACAGCCCCUAAUGUUGAAGGAGACGUCAAGGUCUCGACGACGACGACUGGCGCCGAUUCAGAAGUCCUUACCGCCGAGAAAAACAAGGAAAAUGAACCAGCUCCGACUUCUCAAACUGACGAAGGUCGGAAAUGUUUCAAUUUUGAAAAAAAAGAAAUCCUGUAAUUAGUCAGUUUUAUCCAGUCCAGAAGGCUCAUAGGAUUUUCGAAAAAUUUAAAUUUUUACCGGUUUCUUUUCGUUUUUCAAUUUUUAGAGAGUUUAAAGGAUCAUUCGAUCCGAAAAUGGCCUUUUUCACGGAAAUUUCCUUUUUUUUUUUUUGGUUGGCCUUUUUUCUGAGAGAAAAAGAGCAAAAAAGAAAUUGUAAGCUUCAGUUUUAUUGUCCUUAAAUACGGUUUUUUUGGGUUUACCGCCGAAAGUUGCAAAUUCACUAACUAAAAAAAUAUCAAAAUUACUCCGUGUUUUUAUUACAUGCAAUAGUUUAGCUUAUUCUUAGAACCCAAAAAGGAAACGGAGCCUGAGAAAGAGCAGAGCAACGUCAACGAAAUUGAGAGCUCCGGAACCGAAAUCGUCGAAGGUUCUGGCAUGUCUCCAGCCAAAAACACUGAAGAAAUCGUCGGAAACAAUGAACUGACGGUCCGAUUUUUCCCCAAAAAUCAUGUGAAUAAUUAUAUUCUUUUUUCAGAACGGGAAACAAGAGGACUCAGCUACACAAGUUGAUCAAGCAGAUGUGAGUUUCGAUUUGAAAAAAAUGAUUUUUCGCUAACUUUUAGGCUUCAGCCAACGUUUCAACGUCGAAUCAAGUCCCGGCAAAACCAAUAGGUUUAUUCAUAACCGGCUUUUGAAGAGGUCCCUCAAGUGACCACUAGUUUAAGAAAAGGAAUCGUAGGGAAAAUCAAGUGUGCUCAUUUAUUUGACGCGAUUCAGUUAUUAAAAAGAUACUUUUCAUCCAUAAAAAAAACCAGCGGUGAAUGGAGUAUGACCGAUUCGGAAUAACGCAUACUUAUGACGUCAAAAGACUCGAAGCAACAAGUUCAGACGCGCCGACGACUACGGCUGAAGGAGCCGCCGCGGAUUCGGCCUCGACCUCGACGACUGGUUUUUUCCUUUUUGUUUUCCCUUUUUUUUCUCGCCUUUCAAAGUCUCUUGAGUCAAAAUAAUUCCCCGUUUGGCUUGCAGCAGCGCUUCCCGUCGUGGACAACGCGACGAAAAAAUUCGACGAGGACGUGAAAAAGACGACGAAAUUGCCGGCGUGUGGACCGGGACACGAGGAUUUGCACGUUUGCGAGAGUUAUUUCGAAGAAUAUCUGGGAAAGGUCAACGAAUGGUCCACCAGGAACAACAUGACAGUCGCGGCUCAUAUGUGGAAGGUCUCAGCAAGUUCCUCGAAAAAGAAAACCGGAAAAAAAGAUUUUAAAAAACGUUGGAAUGCAAGUUUUCAUAAAACACCGAGUUUAAUUAUUUUGUUCUCCAGGCUUUUUAUCAUACACUUUUUUUAAUCUUCAUCUUCAGUCCCAAAACCUUAAUUUUUAGUUUGGUCAAAUAGAAUAUAGUUGAUCAUACCUUUCCUGGACAUUUUUGAUUGAGAAAAAAGUUUUCUGAAAUUUUCAAACUAUUUUGUAGGAAGAAAAAGUUUUUAAUACUGAAAUGAAUCAAUUUAUGCAGAAUCCAAAAUAGCAACCUCUCUCCACUGAAAAAGAGGUACGAAUAACGAAUUUUAUUAGAAUAAACAGUUUGUAGAGCUUAAAAGCGUGUCGAAAGUUUCGAAAAACUUUUUUCGAGUCGGCUACUUUCAGUUCAAAACAAAAAAGUCGAAAAACAUUUUUCGUAAAGCGCUUAACUUUUGUACCUCUCUAUGAACUUAUUCCGUUCAAAACUGAAUCACGUUUGUCAAAAAUUAAAUCACUUCCGAUCCUAUGAAAAACCUUCGAAAUCCCACACUUUCCUGUUUCAGGCCUGCACCCUACUAUCUGAAGUGAAAAACGUCGCCACGAUGUGCUGUUCAAUCUUCCGCAACACUUGUGCCUCUCACCUCGAAUUCCUAUGA